CCAAGGAGGAGGAGAAGGACAUCUGCUCCAGACACGGGACUUUACCUCAGAGAAGUUUCAAGUUGGAAAUCAAAACUCCUUUUUCGGGACUUUUUUUCAAUUUUAUGCAACUACAAGAUCCCUGGGAGAUGAUUGGACACGCCCUCUCACACCUGACACACCUCUUCCUGCUAGUGUGUGCAUGUUUGGCACACACUCUGCACUCAACCCAGACAGCUUCUCCACAGACGACGAUGACGAUCCAGAAGACUUUGGCACCAGUGGCAGGGUCUCUAGCUGGCAGGGUGGUCCUGCCCUGCCGCUUCUCCAUCAUAUCAGCAUUUCCCAUUAGCCCCACCCCCACACACACCCUCACGCCACCUCCCAACCCGAGUGCUGACAAGCAGGUCCGGAUCAAGUGGGUGAAGCUGAAUGGGUCAGAAGAGGAGACGGUACUGGUAGCCCAGGGAGGCGAGGUGAAGGUGGGGCAGAGCUUCAGUGGCCGGGUGUCGGUGCCCGCCCACCCGCUGUCGGUUGGGGAUGCGUCCCUGACCCUCAUGAUGCUCAGGGCCAGUGAUGGCGGCUUGUACCGCUGCGAGGUGAUGCAUGAGAUGGAGGAUGUCCAGGACACGGUCAGCCUCGGCGUCUCCGGUGUGGUGUUCCACUACAGAUCUGACAGCAGUCGCUACUCUCUGACCUUCCCGGAAGCCGUGGAAACGUGUCGCUCCAUCGAUGCCUCCAUCGCCACACCCGAACAGCUUAACGCUGCUUUUGAGGAUGGUUUGGACCAGUGUGAUGCCGGCUGGCUCGCAGACCAGUCCGCCAGAUACCCGAUCAAAACGCCCAGGCCGGGCUGCUCAGGUGACCUUGUGAACCGUCCAGGCGUGAGAACGUACGGCAUCCGCGACCCAACGGAGAAGUACGACGUGUACUGCUUCGUAGAUGAGCUGCAUGGUGAGGUCUUCUACUCCACCUCCCUCAGUGACAGGCUCACCUGGCAGCAGGCGAGGGGGGAGUGUGAGAAGCACGACGCUGUGUUGGCGUCACCCGGUCAGUUGUUCGCGGCUUGGAGGGCCGGGCUAAACCGCUGCGACUACGGCUGGCUAUCCGACGGUAGUGUCCGCUACCCGGUCACCGUUGCUCGACUUCAGUGUGGGGGCGGCCUGCUGGGAGUCCGAACGCUCUACAAGUAUCAGAACCAAACUGGCUUCCCGGAGCCCACAGACCAGCAUGGAGCCUACUGCUUCAAAGCCAAACUACCAGAACCGACCACCACCGGCCCCCCGGUGACUUCAGCAGUGUACACAACUGGCUCGUUCCCCCAUGACGGUCCAACAUUUUCACUUCAUGGAGCUGAACUUCAGACCAAAACUGCAAAGCCGUCUGUAUUUUCCCCAACAGAGAGCACUCCCACAGCCCACUACCCCCCCCACACCACAACCUCGGCCAUCCCCAGCACCACCUUUGAAUUCGAUGUCCGAGAUUUCGACUCCAACUUGGUCAUGGCGGUACCGGGUAGAGGAGAUUCUGUGAUGCUCUUACCCCUCCCUCCAUUACCGAAACCAGGCAAGCUGCCCCCACAACUGGACAUCUCCGAGAGUAGCGAGCCCGGAGACCAGGUGGUGUCAGGUCAGGUCGAGAGCAGCGGCAGCGGGGAGGGAGGCAGCACCGAUGACAGUCCUACGGGGCUUGAAGUCGUAUCUAGACCAACCUUGUCGCUGGAGAUCACCACAGGAAUGGAGACUUCAUCGCUGGAACCGUUGCAGAGACGUUCACCGCUUCCAGGGAUCCUCGCAUCACAACCAGAGAUCUCCACCCAAGCGCCCGGCCUCCCAUCAGCCACCACAGCUCUCGGGCAACAACCUGCACUGGUUCUCAAAGAAGAAGUUGCCCCUAGAGCUACGUCAGAGUUGGAUGUCGAGGGGUCGUUGGCGGGAGGAGACUCAUCAGACAGCAGUCCGGUCCAUGUCAUCCUCAUCGACGUGCACAGCAUAAACAAGUCUGCGGACCAGAUUGUGGAGCUGCUGAACCAGCACGUGAACAGUUCCCAGAUCCUCCUCCCACACAUUACCGACCUCACACGGAUGACCAACGAGGACAUCCUGGGCAGCGGGAACUCCGACCCCCUCGAACUUUCCCCCAUCGACCAGCCUGCAGUGAUCAGCUUUGUCAACGGAAAACAUGAGGUGACCUUAGAGCCGAAGCUUAUGGAGGAAGCUCGAGGUGAUCAGUUCGAGACAGCUACACCUGUUCUUGUUCAGGACCCAAACAUGAUCACGUUUGACUACGAUGUCAUAGAUCUCCAAACAGACGAACCUGAUCAUAAGACCAGUGGACCAACAGGCACGGCUCCAGUUUCAGACUCCAGCUUGGUCCCUGAUGUACCCAUGGACUUGGAGCGACUGACCACCACAGCGUUUCCACCCCCACUCUCAUCAACAACCUCCACCACAUUGUCAGGUCUGGUUGUUUCUGAAGCCUCGCGAACUGCAGCUGACAGUGUCACCUUCGAAGAUGUGGAGGACUCUGGUGUCCAGCCCAAAGAUGAUGAAGUUGGCAUCCUGCUGGAGGGCUCUGCAGGGGGAGCUCCUCCCACCCCAGCUGCAGACUACCUGCCAGAUGUGAGGACAGAUGAGGCAGAAAUCGGAAAUACGGAACCUCCAACAAUCUUCCCAGACUCAAAAUCCCAGGAAACCCCCUUUCAGGUCCAGAUGGGUUCCUUAGAAGGGUCUGGCUCAGGAGAGGAUGAGGCCUCUGGGCAGGAUCUUUACACCCCAGAGAUGCCUAGAUUUACCAGCAAGCCAGCUUCCAUUUCCUCUGCCAUUCACAGCGACAUUGCAGACAUGAAAGCGAUGGGACCAGAUGUUGAACCAGGCUCAGGGGAGGAGCAGGGCUCUGAGGAGGCCUCUGGAGAGCCAGGGUUUCCAGUUGACCCACAUGGAGGUGUCAGCUGGGAUCAAACCACCACAGAAACAGAAAUCAACAAACCACAACCGUCCACACGUCCUUCCAUUACCAUGGGAAUCUAUCAAGACCAAUUGUCCGUCACAGCCUCUCACGACAAGGCUGAAUCCACCACGAUGACCUCUGACCGCCACAUCAAACCUUCACCCACCACCGAACUGUCAACCGCAAUCCUGAAAGACCAGACCGAACUCUCAACCAGAACCCCGAAAGAUCAGACCGAGCUGUCCACCACAACCCCGAAAGACCAGACCAGGCUGUCCACCACAACCCCGAAAGACCAGACCGGGCUGUCCACCACAACCCCAAAAGACCAGACCGGGCUGUCCACCAUAACCCCAAAAGACCAGACCGGGCUGUCCACCACAACCCCAAAAGACCAGACCGAGCUGUCCACCACAACCCCAAAAGACCAACCCCGGCUUCCCAUCCUAACCACAGAAGACCAGACCAAACUGGCAACCACAACAGUGGAAGACCAGACCGAGCUUUCCACCACAAGCUCUUCACAAACCACAAGCUCCACCUCUCCACCCCUCUACACUUUUGACCACAGUUCUCACUCUGUCCCAGAGUGGGCUCUCAUCCCUGACCCAUCUGCCACUGUCCUACCCGAGGAAAACUUUGUGUACUAUGACAAAGAGAUGGCCUCAGUUCUGCUAGAGUCUCAACCCCAGAUUCCUGCUGAAACCAAGGCCACUGAGCGGCCAGAUACCAGGACCGAGUCCACUUCCUCUGUGGAGACGAGCACCAUGGAUGUGGGAGUGUUUCAAGGUCUCCUGCCAUGCUCAGACCUUUAUUGCCAGAACGGAGGUUCCUGCUAUCAUAAGGGAGGUGACGACGUCUGCAUUUGUCCACCUGGAUAUGCUGGUCGCCGUUGUGAAACAGAUGUGGACGAAUGCUACUCGAACCCGUGUCUGAAUGGAGCCACCUGUCUGGACAGGGUCGCCUCCUUCACAUGCCUCUGCCUGCCCAGCUACACCGGGAAGCUCUGUGAACGAGACACAGCGGUUUGUGGUUUUGGCUGGCAGAAGUUUCAAUCUCAUUGUUACAAGUACUUCAACCACCGACGAACCUGGGAUGCCGCUGAGCGUGAGUGUCGGAUGCAUGGAUCCCACCUGACCAGCGUACUGUCCUCUGAGGAGCAGAUCUUCGUCAACCGUCUUGGUAACGACUACCAGUGGAUCGGCCUGAACGACCGGAUGUUUGAGAGGGACUUCAGGUGGUCGGAUGGCAAACCUAUGCAAUACGAUAACUGGCGGCCCAACCAGCCUGACAGCUUUUUCCAGUCUGGUGAGGACUGCGUGGUGAUGAUCUGGCACCAGGAGGGUCAGUGGAACGAUGUGCCCUGCAACUACCACCUGACCUUCACCUGCAAGAAAGGAACAGUGUCGUGCAGCCAGCCCCCUGUGGUGCCGGACACUCAGGUGUUUGGAGCCAAGAAGCCUCGCUAUGAGAUCAACGCCCUAGUCCGCUAUCACUGCAAACGGGGCUACAUCCAGAGACACACCCCCACCAUCCGCUGCCAGCCCAACGGCCAAUGGGACACACCCAAAGUCACCUGCAUGAGUCCUGCAACCUACCACGAGUCGGUUGUUCGUCGGCGCAGCAACGACCAGAGUGAGCAGCUAAGCAGGAAACACGUCCAUCACAACAAGAAUCGUGAAGAAAAUGGUCAACAUGAAGACCAGCAGCAGACCUACAGCAUCUGGCAGAGCAUCUGGAACCCUUUCCAGAGCCGAGUCCAGUCCCUGAGGGAAAAACGGCAGCUUCAGGUCCAAACACAGAACCAGGACCAAUUGGGACACUGACGGGGCCCAUGGUUUCUGUAAAGCAAAUCUACGACAGCAGCCAAACGCUGCAGGCGGGCCACGUCGGUCCACGUCGGUCCAGAGGCAUCGAUAGACAGAAAGUGUUGAGUUGAACUGUCUGUCAAUGGCUCUCUGAAGGACGAGGGAGAUAAUUCACCGAAGCAUCGUCAAUUAAAAACACAGGAUCGGAACCCCGACACGAGCAACCAUUCAUUAGCCACAGACAAGUUUGGAAAAGAGGAAGACAAGGUCCAGUCAAAAACCCAGAUUAAACUGAUUCAAAAUGCAACCUUACCCAAAACCCAGUUUAAAUUGGUUUUUCACUGAGUUUUGGAUCAGUUUAAAAUGACUUUUGGAUCGGAUGGAUCAGUUUAAAUUGAUCCAAAAGCCAGGUUCAACCCAACCAUAAACCCAUAUAAACCCAACCCAAAACCCAGGUUCAACCCAAUCCAAACCCAGUUUAAACUGAACCAAGACUCACGUUAAAUCUGACAAAACCCCAAGUCAGCUUAACCAAAAUCAAAUCCAAAAUCCAAGGCCCAAGCAGUGAAGACGUCUAAAAAAUGAGAAAUAGGAGGAACUACAGCAUUAGCUUAGAUAUAGAUUCUACUGUUGAACCAAAUAAAAAGCAGGGAAUGUUACCCUUUUACAGCAGUGAAGGUCUCUCAGAGACCAUCCCAGACGAGUCAACAUAAACGUAUCUAAACUACUCAUGUAGUUCCUCUUGCAGCCACCAGGGGAUCUAAACUACACACAUCCAAAAUUGUGGAGAAAUCAAACCUUAUUUGUAAAAACAGAAUUAAGCAUAGAUUUAUUUUUUGCAAAUAAGCAAAUUCAUAGUCAGGAUUUCAGAGUUUGUCUUAUAAAAUUGCAGGCUGGUAAAGUCAGAAGUUUCUAAUAAUUUUUUAAUCAUUAUUAUUCUUAAGCUUUCAAAGGCAAUUUCUGAACAUUUUCAUAGCAAAUUUUCCAUUUUGUAGUCAGAAUUUCUUCCAAUUUUAAUGUUUAUAAAGGGAGAAAUUCAGACUUUUUAAUUUUUUUAAAUUGUGAUUUUACAAAUGUUCGGAUCUCACAAAGUUUAUAAUGUAAGUGUUUGUGGAUUUUCUCAAAUAAAUGAAUGAAAAAGAACUGUCCUUAUUAAUCUUUAAAGUUGUUAGUUAAUAACAUCACUGCAUUUGUGGAGUAAGUUUAAACUCAAAUUCUGAUCUUUUUUUUUAGAUUAUUUUUGGGUUGACAAAAUCAGAAAUGUAGUUUUCUCUCCAACUUGUGAGUUUGGAGUCAAAAGGAAGACAUUUUUGAGAAUAGAAAGUUUCUGGUCUCUUUUGUGAAUUAAGAAUGGAUUUUUAGCCCCUCCCCCCGGCAGAAUACUCUUGAAACACCCCCCCCACAUUAACCACCAUGUUACUUAGCUUAGUUUGGUUUGAACCUUAGAUUCAUAAUUCUAUUGUAAAAUAUGGGUCACCAUAGAUCUGGAUUCUGGAAGUGUUUUAUUAGAAUAGACCCCCCCAACCAAACAGAAUCUUGCCCAGGACCCCCCAAAAGAUUGAAACGCCCCUGUCUGUUAAUAAGGACGCCUGUUUGCAGAUUCUGGUCACGUUUCAUGUUGACAGUAUUUACAUAUACCAAUGUCAUGUACAUUUCUUUUUGCUGCGCUGUUGAGGAUUUUAUUGUGCUCUACGUCAAAAACAACCUGACAAAUUCCCAACAGAAAUAGUUUUUACGUCAUGAAACUGGGUUGUAGCGCGUCCAAGUGUCUCAGCUCCGUUUUUGGUUUCUGCUGACAGAUCUGGAAUCUGUGUUUUUAUAGAAAUUACAGAAUGUGAACAAAUGGAAAAGACAAAUGCAUCUGUUUUUCUAUGCCAUGUGUUGUGAAAAUGUCCACAUUUACUGUAUUUGUUGCACGAAAGCUUAUUUUUUUGUUUUCACGCUGCUGUCAGCUUGUGUGCAAUAACAAGAGCUUCUGUAACAUAGCCGGUGUGUCUGGGAGUGUUUAUUUGAUUUAAAGGAGUCUCGAAUGUUUCCUUGGUGCCAAAGUCCUGAACAUCUCUGAUUACUAUCAGAUUUCUUUGUCAUAUCUUCUUCUGUUCAUGUAGAAAAACCCAAGAAUAAAAUACAUCAAAACCA